UCUCUCUCUCUCUCUCUCUCUCUCUCUCUCCAUGAAUCUUCCUAGUUCCUUACCAUUUCUCUUGGGUUGACCCACCACACCCACAUCCCCAUAUCUCCAACACGCCCUAACUAUUAUAAUGAAUACAAACAUCAAUUUCUAAAUAUUUUACAUUCACUUGCCAAAACUUCCUAUAUAUAUUCGACCUCAAACGACCCCCCCUUUCAUGCCCUCCUCUUUCUAAUUUCUUUCUCUUCCAUAGUCAAAAUAUAACAUCUUCCCUACCUAGGUAGCUAUCUCCUCCUCAGGCCAAAAGAGAGAAGAACAAAGAAAAUGGAAGGAAGUUGCAUAGAUGGAGAAAGCACCACAAGCACUGACACUAUUUCCAUUUCACCGGCAACCCUGUCGUCUUUUCCGGCUACCAAGUCACCUGAGAGCCUAUGCCGGGUGGGAAGCGGCACAACCAGCACAAUCUUAGAUUCGGAAAACGGCAUCGAGGCCGAGUCCCGAGGGAAGCUCCCAUCUUCGAAAUACAAAGGAGUUGUUCCCCAGCCCAACGGCCGCUGGGGUGCCCAGAUUUACGAGAAGCACCAGCGAGUCUGGUUGGGCACUUUCAACGAAGAAGACGAGGCCGCCAGGGCCUAUGACAUAGCGGCGCUACGCUUUCGUGGCCGUGAUGCCGUGACGAACUUCAAGCCCUUGGCUGCUGCGUCCACGACUGAAGAGGAAGACAUCGAGACCGCGUUCUUGAAUUCUCAUUCCAAGGCUGAGAUUGUGGACAUGCUCAGGAAGCACACUUACAAUGAUGAACUGGAGCAAAGCAAGCGUAACCACGGCUUGGACGGCAAUGGCGGAAAGAGGUCUAAAGCAGAAGGAUUUCUCGGUAAUUCGUUCGGUUCAGACCGGUUUUUCAAAGCGCGUGAGCAGCUUUUUGAGAAAUCUGUUACUCCGAGCGAUGUCGGCAAGUUGAACCGGCUCGUGAUACCGAAGCAACAUGCCGAAAAGCACUUUCCCUUACAAACCGGAAGCACUUCCAAAGGGGUGCUUCUGAAUUUCGAGGAUAUUGGAGGCAAAGUGUGGAGGUUCAGGUACUCCUAUUGGAAUAGUAGCCAAAGCUACGUGCUGACAAAGGGCUGGAGCCGGUUCGUGAAGGAGAAGAAUCUGAAGGCUGGCGACAUUGUUAGUUUUCAACGCUCGACCGGGCCUGAUAAGCAGCUUCACAUUGAUUGGAAGGGAAGAACCGGGUCAGGUGUUGUUGGGUUAUCAAAUCCGGUCUUCCCUGUUCAGCCUGUUCAGAUGGUUAGGUUAUUUGGUGUCAACAUUCUGCAGGUACCUGGGGUUGGGGUUGUAGACAGUAUUGGUGGCUGCAAUGGAAAGAGGGUGAGAGAGAUGGAACUCUUGGCAUUAGAGUGUAGCAAGAAACCAAGGAUGGUUGGAGCUUUGUAACAUUUUGGUCUCUCUCUGUUUUUUCUUUUUUUCUUUUUAAUUUCUUUUUUUGUUUUUGUUUUUGUUUCUUUCUUCUCUUUGGACUUUUGGCAUUUUGUGAAUGGUGUAAGGUAAGGAGGGAAAAGGAGAGAGGAAAGGGGUGUUGUGUAGUUGCAAGUUGCAAUUAACAAGUUGCAAAAGGUGAAUUGUACAUUACAAAACAAAAGGCUGAAGAAAGCUGUAUUUAGAUGCAACAAAAUUUUAUAAAGCACACAAAAAAAAAUGAGUAUAUAUUAACUGUCAA